GACUCCGACAGUCACCGGAGGAUGUCUGUGGCGCAGCGCAGAGAAAUGAUUUAAACCUAUUCAAGAUACCUGUAGCAACUGUAAAAGUGUUGUUGUCGCAUCCGUUUGGUUUGUUAUAAGCAAUUGGAACAGAUAUAAUAUUUACACAAAUUGCCAUACAACAUCGCCGUGCGCUGAUGGACAAUUACGCGCAGAAGUUGCGUUGCGUAAUCAUGAUAAUCAUCGCGGAUGGCUGUGUUUCAUGUUCUUGGAUUAUGCGUACAAGCUUGUUAUGAUACCUGGUCAUUGCCUUUCCUUCGUCUUCAGUGGAGAAGAAAAGUAACAAAGGGACGCACAUGAUGAGAAGCGCGGGGUUGUUGCUUGGCUACUUUUUGGUGAAAGUUAUUGUAUGCGACGCGGAGGGGGAGCCAGGGCAGAAGCUGGACAGCUUUAUUAUGGUACCAACGGGUACCAACGAGUCAAAAUUGAACAGAGGGAAUGGCGUUUCGGAGAGUCCGCAUACAGAGGACAGGUGCCGGGGUUAUUACGAUGUGAUGGGCCAGUGGGAUCCGCCGUUUGUGUGCCAGACGGGCAGUUACCUGUACUGCUGCGGGACCUGUGGCUUCAGAUUCUGCUGUGAGUUUACAAGCUCGCGGCUGGACCAGACCACCUGCAAAAACUAUGACACGCCGCCGUGGAUGAUGACAGGCAGACCCCCGCCUAAGAAAAAAGACCCCACUCACGACCCCACAAAGGAUAAGACAAACUUAAUUGUGUAUAUAAUAUGUGGAGUUGUUGCCAUAAUGGCCCUCGUUGGGAUUUUCACAAAACUUGGACUUGAAAAGGCGCACCGUCCACACAGAGAAAACAUGUCAAGGGCUCUCGCCCAGGUGAUGCGCCAGCCUGGUCCAGGAGAACACUCAGAAGACAUUGGAGUGCAUGGACAGCACUAUGACAACAUGCAAGCCAACAGGGUACCUGCGAACAGUCUCCAGGCUAACCAGAUGAACAGUGUGGGUCCAGGAUCAUCACUAAUGCCAGGCUUAGGGUCUCCUCCCCACCCCUACCCUUCCCUGGGACAGAUCCCUAGCCCCUAUGAGCAACAGCAACCUGGGAAAGAGCUCAAUAAGUACGCCUCCCUCAAGGCUGUCGCGGAGAAGGUUAAUGACAACUUCUACACCAACCGGCGGCACAUGGUAGAGAUGGCAGCCAAGGGCAGUCUCCCUAUGCACCCGAUGCAUCGCAUAGAGCAGGAGCCCAGCAACCCCUACAGCCCUCCCUUACAGCCUUCCCUAAAGCAGAACGGACACAAGUCCAAAAGCACCAAGGGCCACAGCAGCCACAGCAGCAGCUCCCAUACCCUGGCCUAUGGCUCCAACACCAUCGCCAACCCGGGGAUGCAGAAGAACUGGGACGGCUCAGAGACGGUGGGCCGCCGGCAGAGCCACGGCACUAAGAAACACUGCACCAUAGAGCAGGUGAACGAGAUGCACAGCACCUCGCGCAGCCAGCACUACAUGCCCCCGCAGCCCUACUUUGUCAGCAACAGCAAGACAGAAGUGACUGUCUGAUCUGAGAGCCCACCCCACCACCAUAACCACUAUAACCCCAGCUGGAAGAAAGAGAGAGAGCGCGAGAGCGAGAGAGAGAGAGCGCGAGAGAGAGAGAGCUGGUCAGAAGGUUGCUGUAGAGGCUGAAGUAGAACAGCGGUCCUGGAUUGAGUGCUCUGUGUCAACUAAUGCGUGUGGCUGACUGUGCAUGUGACAGGCAUGCGUGGGACUCCUGCCAGUGGGGGGAGAGUGACCACAACAACAUACUCCAAACCUCCAAGGUUUCGGUCAUCACUGUAUUGGUGAUUAUAUUGCAACUAAUACAAACAAAUCAUAUACUGCAAGUCAGACUAAUAACAUCAGUGAGCAGAGCAUAGUAAUGAUUGACCUCCGAUGGACAGGUUAGCCAGGAUGAGUCUGGAGCCAUGCAGUGGUGGAAGAGACUGGAACUGGACAAAAGCCCAGUGGCAAUAGACUUUUCCUAUUGUCAGUAUUAACUGAGAUCUCAAAGGGCCUGAAAAUGUGUAUCAUCUCAUGUAGUUUCCACUGAAUCCGCCGCGGAUAAGCCAGUAGGUUUAGAUCUAGACGCAGUGGAGCAGAGGAGUGGAGCAGCCGAUAGUAAAGGGAUACAUUGUUCUCCUCAACAUUGAUUGACAUUUCCUCAGAUGUUGUGUAGUGUAUAUACUGUGGGGGGGACUUGUUGGUAAUGCUCAUGCUCGGGAACCUCGGGCUCAUGAUUCCAUCUAUCGGGAAACAGUGACAAUUUCAGAUAUGGACUGUAUAUUCUCAUUCAGAAACUACAGGGCAUGAGGUGGAUGAGACUGCACCAAACCAGUUCUGUAGCCACCACGUUACACACACCCUACUCUGCUCUCUCUGGUGUUAGGGCUGUGCCUUUCUCUGAGAAAACUAUGAAAUACUGUUCAAAUCAAAGAGCUCGUCUUAUAAACCAUUGUCUAAGGUGUGGAAUUGACUUAAAUGUCUUCAUCUUGCAAACAGGUCCACAACUGUCAGUUGAAAACGGUGAGUUUCAUCUGUCAUUUCACGUUCUUUAUUUCUGUUUCCAUUCGACAAUGUAUUGUGUGUGUGUGUGUGUGUGUGUGUGUUUACCUUGGUACCUUAGAACAAUGAUAGAGAAAACACAGAAGGAAUUGUGUCCUUUCCAUACAUGUAACGUCACUGCCAAUACAUUUGUGAAUAUAUUGCCCAUAUAUUUAUGAUAAUUCCCAAAUUGAUUAGCAUGGGAUUAAUGUUGUGCAGUGGUGCCUGUUUCUGACCCACCUCCAUCAAUACUACCAAAUCAUUACAUGGCCUAGAGCCAGGCUCUCAGCCAUCUCAGACUGUUGUGGCAGUAGAAAACUACUGAGGGCUCCUUUACGGCUACGCAGAGAGAUGUUAAAGGGUAGUGGAUGUUCCUGAAACAGCCAUAAAAAGGUACAGCCUGGGUAAAUAGAGUGGAUGGAUUCCAUUUAGUAUGAGAUCAAGCCCUGAAUUAAGACAGAGAAGGUCCUCUGAAAUCACCAUGAGUUGAUGUCAUUGCAUGCACAAAUCAAACUAGCUUUCUGUAAAAUAGAAAUUGCAAUACGUUAUGUACUAAUAAUUGUUUUGAAAAAAUGGAUUCCCUAUUUUUCUUAUUAUUAUUUAAAAAAAAAAGAAAAUCUACAGUUUCAUCAACUUUAUAAGAUAUACACAUAAAAAUAAAAUGUGUUCAUUUUGAAUAUCUGGAGGAGCCUACUAAAACACCUGGGAGUACCCAUGUACAAACACACAGGUCAAGAUGUGCCUGUCUUUUCCAUUGGGCUAGUUGUGUGUCAUCAGAUGAAAAAUAGUACAUUUUUCUCCCAACACUCCAUUCUUGGGAGCCCACACGAGCGGCACAGUGCAUUAGCAUGCCACACUUACCAAAAAAAGCGUUUUAAAUAAAGGGCUUCUGAUGCAAUUUGCCAUGUGUUGCGUUUGUCACUGCCCACUGAUUCAAGAGCAGCCCACACUUUGUCCGCAUGUCUUAAUCAUGCCUCUCAACUUUCCAUGGCUUUCAACUGUCCAUUAGUCUGUCUGCCAGUGACAAAGUGGCUCUAAUGGCUGGAGGAGUGACAGCCAGCAGCUUGUCGUUCAUUCUCUUACUCACCACAUGAGAUCGGGUAAGAAUAGCCGUGAGUCACAUUCUCUACUUUUAGAACUUUGGAAAGCAUUAGAGGCGGACAAAAAGUAUUUUUAUUUUGUGGUUGGUACAGUACGAAGAACUAGACUAAGGGAACAAUCCUCGAUACUGAUUGGCUAAGGCCUACUAUACAAUCCGUGCUUGUAUUUUUAACCACAUUUGAACCAGAUACUGUAUGUAUUGUAUAGUCAGGCACACAACUAUAUGUUUUGAGUGUGUUAUCACAUUGUCAGUGAAACGUAAUGCACCACUGUAGAUUGCUGCAAUAUGCUAACAACCAACGCACCAUCUCAUUUCUCAUAAUAAAUAUGUUCAAAUCUUUAUUUUGCUAUUGCAUGACGAAACUCACAGUCACACAAACUGCAACACGUUGUAUUGUUGUUUCAUCACACAAGACACUUGUAUGGAGAAUUUUCUAGACUAGACUCGUCAUAUAUGCAGAUUUUGGCAUAUAUACAACGCAUAUCAGUUCAACAUUUGCACCAAUAAGACAGAAGACUUCAGAAUACCAAUGAUGUGAUGCAAGAAAAUGGAUGCAUAUUUGUGUAUUACAUUUGUCUAUACAAAACAAUGUCCAACAAUGAAAAUGGUAAGGAAAAAUACUGCAAAUUUGCAUUGACUGCAAAAGGGCUGAUUCUUUAGGUCAUAAAUAUAGAGACAUAUUUAGUAUGGCUGUACAGUACAUAGUUACGGUGAUGUUUUGGUAGGGCCAUAGAAUAAGUCUGUGCCUUGUGUCCAAAUGAAAUGUGCACCUGAUUUAAUUGUCCAAAUACUGACUGGUCUAGGAACAGAUUGAUGCAUAAUAUUAUACCGUAUAGCAUGAUAUGAAAUCACUGUUCCACUUCAAAGGACCCUCUCAAUAUCAAUAUCAUAUCCAACAAGAGUUCAUUUAAAAAAAACUAUAAUCACCAGAAAAUGUAUCUGGUUUCUCAGUGUUAAGACAUGUGCAAAAGUCCACAGCUCCAUUGAUUGUAGAUAGAGUGCACCUAUUAUGCUGUUCCAGUCAUGGAGGGAACCUAGAGUAACACUUAUAUGUGUAGUAGUGAAGUAUAACUCCCUCACGCAAAUAGCUUCCACUGAUAUAAUAGCAUAAAACAUGUACAUGACGUGUAGUUGAACAUUCCAGCUGACUGGUCAUCAUGCUACAUAAUGACAUACAUAAUGACAUACUGUAAAGUAAUAGCACAAUGGCCAUUGACAAUGGCCAUCUAAAUCAUGUCCUAUGAAAUUAUUUAACUAUUUACAUCCAAACUAAUUUCUCAAUCUAAAUAAAAACAUUCUCUACCUAAUCCUCAUUGAACUAAAUUGUGCCCCUGGCUGAGGCUGAAUUGCAUUCAUGAUGCAGCUAGUGGUCUUGGUUCCAACCUUUAGAGUGGGAAGACGAUGGUGCUCUUUGUCAGUGGAUCAUGUUAUUCGUGAAGCACAACUGAUUUUGUAUCCUAACAAAAUGAAAUAUUACUUGUCAUAAAUGUAUGUGCAAGUUGGGAAGCGGAAACUCCAUUGUAUUGUACACAUCUAAAAUCAUAUUUACAAUAAAUCUGUUUCUUCUCAAGA